CUUUAACCACAAAUUUUAAAUGUCAUCCUUCGCUCGACCAGUGACGUUCAAUGCCCUCGCUUCGCGUGUUCGUCCUCUUGCAUCCGACUGCACUUAACUCGAUCAAACUAAAUCUUAGUAAAUUCAGAGGAACUAAAAAUUCAAUCUCGUGGUAAAGGAAAUUAUUGCAAAAUGUCGGGUACUAUGAGACAUUUAGAGGAGCGACAGCUUGCAGCAGAAAUAACUGCUAUGCGUUGGUCACCCAAAAUGGAUCUUCUUGCGAUAGCUAAUUCUAAAGGUGAAGUUGCACUUCACAGACUGACCUGGCAACGCGUGUGGUUGUUGCCUCCGCAAGAAGAAGGGGACCUAGUAGCAAACCUAACGUGGAGACCCGACGGCAAGCUCCUUGCCAUUUCCUAUGAGAAGUCUAAAGUAUUGUGUUUAGUAGAUAUCGAAAAUAAGAAUAUUAUCCACAAGACACAGCUAGCUUUGAGCAGUAGCAAGGUCUAUAUGGUAUGGUUACCAAUGAACAACAUCGAGACCGAUAAUAUAGGAGCUCAAAAAAUCAGUCAUCUCCCUACAGGUGAAUACCUUCCCACUCUGCCCAGUUUGAAUAGAAGUUUUGGUCAAGAACCUGAACGUAAAGAUUUUUGGUCACGGAUGCUAGACAUGUUGUUUAUCGGUCAAGAUGACGGCAGCGUGGUACUUUACGUAUUCGGAAUGUUUUAUUGUGGAACACUUAACAUUGGACAUGGACCAGUACUCGAGAUCACGGGUGGAUCCGGUGAUCCUAUCUGGGUUAGUUGGAAAGAUAACGAUGGUAUAGGAGUCGGCAGAUUAUCUUGUCCUUUAUUAGAAAAAGAUUCAGCAUUCUUACAGGUAGCUCGGGCUCAGGCACAUAUAACGUGUCUUAUGGAUUACUUAUCUCGUACUUGGAUGGCUAUCUCCGAAGCUUGGGAGACGAUAUUGUUGGAGAUGGAUGAAAAAUUAACGCGCUAUGCAGAAAGUAAUCCACCCGGUGGUGUUGCUGCGGAUUUCCUUGAGCUGCUCAUGAUUGGCAUUCCUACGCCUAAUCUGGAGAAUUUUUUAUUACGAGAUUUAACAGAGAAAGGUCUAAAAAAGCUUGGGCACAGUAUUGAAAUGUGCUACAGCAAUAUACAGAAAUUAGUGUUAAAGCAUCUCAGUAGUGUCGGAAUGGCACUAGUUUACCAGUUGUCAGAAAUGCGUGGAAUGGCCAGGUUGGGAGGAUCUUACGAAGCUUUGGGACUGAAGGAUGAAACACCUAUAAAUAAUGCUCUUCAUGCUUCGCAGGCCUUUCUGGCUAAAUCUUCAGAAAUUAAACAAGUAAUCGAUCACAGUAUGAGAGAUUACAAGGCAUUCUUUAGAUGGCUUUACGUAGUUAUAUUGAGAUUAACGGACGAACGAGUGCCAUCGGAAGUGAGUAGAGUGAGCCAACAAGAAUUAACUUUCAUAGCAGACUUUCUUCGUGGCUUUGACAAGACUGAUUCAGCAAACGGUGGAGAAAGAAAAGGAGUAAAUUUGGAAAAAUUAGGACAAUAUUUACGCCGAGAGUCUCUGCAAACGUGUCUAACGCCGGAAGGAAGUGAAUGGGCUUCGAUGUUGGAUGAAAAUCAUUGCUUGAAAGAUCAUCCACUAAUUAUCAAGCAAGAUCUCAGUUAUUCUUUACUGCAAUCUCAUGCAAAAUUAGUCGAUGCAAUAAGUGGUGUGUUUACUGAAGCCUAUCAAGGACUGGUCAGCCACUUUACUGUUUUUACUAUUGGCCUUGGGCCCUUCGUGCCUGAUAUAACAUCUCAAAUCGUAACACAAGAUAAAAAUCUACUGAUCGCAGCAGCAGACAGUGAACGUAAACAUUUACGUUGUUUCAAAGUCGAAUGCAUUUUUGAGGGACCACUCACUUCUAAGUUAUCCAUUAUAGACAUUGACCGUAGACAAGGAAUGGCUGCAUGUUCUAAAAGUAGUAACGACACCACAAUUGCUGACUUGCAAUUUUACAAUCAAGACUACUUGAGUCUACUACUUCUAAACCCCCUAAAUUAUGCAUCGUUCCUCAUCCAAGUGCCUGUCAGUGAUGUGAGGCUAUUCAGUGACGCAGCAGAAGAACUGAUUAAUUUAAGUGAACUUCUGGGGACUGCGUGGCCACGACCAUUCCAAGGUAUUUCCGCGCGGCAUCUAGCAGUGAGUGGUUCACGAAAAGUAGCUGCUAUUUUGAGUGAAACCAAUCGUAAGAUUCGGUUACUCGAAACAGAGGUGGAACCCGAGGAUGAAGAAGACGAAGAAGAGAGUACGGAGCAAGGGGAUGAGAGUAUGGACACAAGUGGUGCCGUAGCAAGCACAUCUCAGUGA